AUGGGUGGCACUGGACGAUGGUGGUGUUGGCUCGUGUGGACGUGUUGGGUGUUCGGGAUGCUGCAGGCAGAGACGAUCCACUUCACAAACUCCCCGAAGUUGAUCAUGGCGUCGAAGAACUUCACAACGUACGAGAUCGAGGUGCCCGGUUCGAAGCCAAUCACGAUCAUCGAGGCGACAGAUGCGGCUCAUCAAACCCGACCCUCAGGUGUACCGGCGACGACGAGUUUCCGCACGAGCACGGGUCUAACAGUAGCUAGACCUAUGGAGCAGGAUACAUCGGAGGCACCACGGAAGACACUGUACUCGCCGGACCUGCUGAACAAGUUCCUCAAGGAGUACUCCGAGAAGCUACGGAACGCCGAUUCCGCGACUCGCAAGCGCCUAAACGAGAUCUCGCAGCUCAACAGCGGCAGCAACCGGCUCAGGAACGAGUCUACGACGGGGGUUUCCGAGAUACAGUACCGAAAUAAGAGGCCAAACCUGGAUGACAAUCAGGGCGAGAGUCAAAGCGCUAGUGACUCCGAGUCACCGGAAGACGAUGAACCAAAAGGGGGCGAUGAGUUUGUGUUCAACGACACGCACGAACGGCACGUGUUGGGAGCGGGUGUAGCAUCUGGUAGCAACAAACGCUGGUACCAGGAGCCCUCGGGAGGUUACCAGCAGCUGCAGCAUCAGGGUCGUCCUCAUUUGCAACAUCCGUGGAACGUGAAGGAUGGCUGGGUCACGUUGGAGGCUGUGCCGUGGUCAGAGAGCAAAGUGUCGAAGUGGCACGCGUCUGGAUCUGGCUCAGAACCGGCGAAACCUGGUAAGAGUCCUUCACAGGAUAAGCACUGGUAUGGUGGUGCAUCCAUCGUCAGUGAGGAAACGCCCAAGUACCGCCCGAUUGCCACCUCAGGGUCUAUUGGAGCCUCUAGCUACUCUGACAGUGUGGACAAUGCUGAUGACGCGUAUGGUUAUGGCGCUGGAACUGACAAUCGGUUGCCCUCGAAUCGGUUGCCUAGUUACGCGGGGUCUACGGAUUCGCUGUACAAUCGAAGACGUCCAACGGUAUCUCUGUACGCCGAACGACCAGAUGCAGAUCGCAGUAGGCCGACACCAACGCCACCUGUCAGUCCACUUGACAGUUGGUACGACCAGCAACAACAACAACAGCCUCAGCAGAAUCCGUACGACGCCAUGAAGGCGUACGGUGAAGGACCUCAAGGAAAUGGUCCAGCCAACGUUAACCGGGACAUCAUCACUGACGGUCGUCCAGCCAACUUCCCGGCGUAUCCCCAUCCGGACCGCGCCGUUCAAUCCGUCCAAUCUACACCUAACCGUCCCGGAACCUACCCAGACCGAGGCAAUGGCGAAUGGGUGUUAAUCUCAACCACGAAAGGCUAUCAGUACCCAAAACGACGCCAUGGCCAACGAGCCAUCACGUUCACUCCGGCCAGCGCGACGAGUCACCAAACGGUCCGACUGACGGUGUUGCCGAUGAAGAACGCUGUCGACAUGACGACGUCUCACAACGGGCUGAUCGAGGUGUCUUCCUCCACACAAACCGUGGAGGAUGCGGUCAAACAGCAGAAGGGCAAACGCAAAGGACAACGAGUGCCAGCACAAACGACGACAAGUGGUCCUCCAGCGACAGGACAUCGCAAGAAGAAGCCUUUGGCGCCCUCAACUCAGACCUUCUCGCUGAUGCGUCGGGAUACGGCCGCAGCUCAGGACAGCUCAGCGGUGUUGGCCGCUGUUGGGGCUGGCAUGGUUCCGGCUACGAUGGCCAUCAUCGCACCGAUGGUCCUCGGGAGGAAGCGGAAAUAA